GAAAUGAAAGCAUAGAACAUGCAUUGUGCAAACCUCGUUGAAGAUGAGGAUACGAGGACGGACCGCUUAGGGCCGCUUGCUGGAUAAGGGAACUGAGGAGAGGGGAAGACUCAACGCCAGGCCAAACAUGACAGCGAUGCAAUAGCCUCAAACGCUAAGCGACGCUCAGCCCCGUUUUAGGCACGGGCUCCGUUUUCUUUCUCAUCUCCUCCCAACACCAUGUCGCGCCAGCCCUCGCCUACACCCAAUAACCAUAACAUAUACCACCACCAAUCUUCCAGUCGUGAACAUCAUGCCCAUCAUGGCACUUCCUUGACGCCUUCUGCUUCCGCGUCGUCUGCCUUGACGAAACAGAGAUCCUUGCCAAAGGGCUACACUCCUGGUAUCACCGCUGGCGCGGAGGAUUCCAAGUAUCAGACAAAGUAUAAAGAGUUGAAGAAAAAGGUCAAGGAGAUCGAACUGGACAAUGACAAGCUGUACCUGAAGCUGUUGCUCGCAAAGAAAAACAUCCGGCGGAUGAACUUGGAAAGAGCAAUUCUCUAUGAACGUCUCGCAGCUGUACCGCCGACGCCAGGGAGACAUCCGCAAGACCUACCUCCGGAGUCAGAUCCAUUGUUUUCCCAGCAGCCUCCUGCCCCUCAGACAGAUAUCACCCGAUUAGAGGCCAACGAAGCCGCCAUCGCAGAAUACCUGCGCGCCCAUCCCAAUGCCCGUGUUGUCCAAGGACACCAUGGGAGACCCAUCGCCAUCGAAGACCUGCCAACCUCUGACAUCAGGACUGGUACUAGCGUCCCGCCUCCGCCUCCUCCAGGCAUCUCCAUUGUUCACAGCUUCAGACAUGACUCGGCACCUGGCUUAGAUCCAAGAUACCCACCGCCGGUUCCACCAGGCAUCCCUGCUCAAUCUGUUAUAAGUGGAUUACGCGACCCUUAUGAUGAACCGCCUGUUUCGAACACACGGUCUAUCCCGCCUCCACCCCCUCCCCCUCCACAACAGGGAGGAUUCACGGAACGUGGAAGUGGUGGAUGGGCUUCACGGGAAUAUCAUCACCGUGAACAUCGGUCACAUAGCAAUGCGUCUUCUGGCCAUCACCACCGCCGUCAUCAUUCAGAUCUAGAUUCAUUACAAGGAGAGCGUGAGCAUGAAAGGACCAGAGAUCGUGACAGAGAUCAACAUGGAAGUGGACGCUUGGAAGCCUUACGUGGCUCUCGAAGAUCUAGCAUCUCUGGUCACAAUGAGAUCCCACCUCCUCCACCGGAUCCUAGGAGCACUGGCGGAAGUGGACGAAGACACGACAGACACGACUUCAAUGAUAUUGGACAUCCUCAUGAUACGCGACAUCCCCAUCAACAUAUUCAAAUUUCUACAUCGAAUUUACCACCUUCGCCGCCGUCUCUCCAUUCCCCGACCAAUAGCCGUGGAUCCCGUAUGCAUGGUCAUCAACGUAUUGGUCCCGGUGCUCAUAUUCAUCGCGACUCACCGCGGGAUCCCGAGUACGAGCUCGAGCUCCAAAGAGGUCGGGAGCUGGAAAGAGCUAGGGAACGCGAACGUGAAGAAAACAUGCGUUACCAAAUGGCUAUGGAAGAGGAGGAAAUGCGUCUAUGGAGACAAGAACACGGUCUCAUGGGUCCUGGGAUCCCUCAUGGUCGAUCGCGUUCUGACACCCCAAAUUCAGGUUCAGGACACGAAAAUACAUCUUCACGUCCUCCUUCGGGUCAAUCGUAUGAACGAAGUGACCGUGAAUCACGCGGUACUGCUAGGUAUGGCACAGCUGUCCAUCACUCAAACAUCCUUGGUCUCGAACCAGACUACGGCGAUCAAAUUCAUUCUAGUAGGGAGAGUCACAGUAGACAUAUACGUCACGGCUCCGGACAUGGAUAUGUGGAAAUGACCGGAGGUGGAGGUGGGGCCGGGCGAAAACGUCAACAUGCUGAGAUGGAUUUGGAUGACAGUGAGCGCGAGAGAGGUGGAGGAGGCAGUGGGAGUGGGUCAGGAUCAUUGAGAAGUCCUUUGGAGAGUCAUCAUUCAUCGAGCGUUGCUGCGGGAUUGAGUGACUCGAUGGAGCAUAGGGCCAAAAGGAUGAGGUCUCCCAUGCUUUCUAGGGUUCGUGAUGAUUCCAUGGAUGAGGAUGACUAGGCGGGUCCCCGAAAACUAUCCUGUGCGUUUUGCGUGGGUGUAUGCAUAUGUGGCUGACGUGUCGUUGCGCAUGUUGUUCCACCAUACCCCGCACUAGAUCAAUUGGCCGUGUCCAUUGGUUAACCGACUAGGGUCCCUUCUACAUGAUUUUGUAAGUGUACCUUCUUUUCUCCCAGACUCAAUGGCUUUGUUGUUAUCGUUCAAAUAUUCGUGAUUGUCGUUGUGAUUACCUUUUUUGACAUACAUGUGUUACUAUAUGCGCUACUCGUAUCUCAUGAGGCCUGGAGGCCGUCUCUUAUAUUCCAAUGCAUGUAUCGUAUGGUUAUGGUAUUAGGGUCAAUAAAUGUAUAUGCAUAUAUUCAUGUGCGAAGUUUCUGUAUAGACGAGACUAUUAUGAUCGCCUUCAUAGAAACUGGCUAUUGUGGUGAACUCGGCCAAGGAUCAUUAUUCCAUUCUUGAGAACAUACAAAGGAAGCUCGGAAAAAUAUGCACAGCAACACCUGAAUUCUGAUUUAGACCUUUUUGUCUGUUAUGUCGCGGUUGAGCACAUGCAUGACAUAUGUCUGAUCCAGACCCUAUUAUCGCGCCGCCGAUGGGCAUGCUCACUCAAACUUAAGAUUCAAUGUCAAAUCGAGGGGAAGUUCGAAAGCAAAUACAUGUCAUUUAUUAUC